AUGCAUUUUAUGGCCAACAUAACUUAUUGGAUAUCUUUAACUGACCUAUCAGUUAUUAUAAGUAUUUUCAAGUUUAAAAAUGUAGGAAAUGUUAUUCUUCUUCAUUGUUUUGAAUUGCAGCAUUUUCAUCAGGCUCAGAAAAUGUUUAUAGAAAAUAACAUGCGGGUAGCUGUUUCUCAUAUAAAUGAUAUUUCUGCACAUAAUUGGUUGUAUCAGUAUUCAAGGUUAGGUGUGAUUGUUGACACAAGCUGUAACCUUUGGGAAACAAGUUUCAGUGCUUUCCAUGAGCCAUUCCAAAGCCCUCUCUCAUGGAUUUUGAAAUCCGAUGAUAUUUCAAAAACAAAAGACAUUUUAUCUCAAUAUCCUAUUGAGUUUACUUCCGAUGUUAAUGUAUUAUGCAACAGAAGUGGUUAUUACAAAAUAUAUGACUUAUACAAUAAAAGAUACAACCGCAAGGACAAUUUUAUUCUCAGUGAAAUCGGAUAUUGGUAUGGAAACUUAUUUUUAUUGACCAAACGCAACAAACAGUUGACAGGAGUUAGGCUGCAAAUAACUGUUGUAUAUCCGGACCCUAUACGCAAUAUAACGUUUAAUCAUUUUCUAAAUCUACACAAGAAAUCUCAAAUCGACUCGCUACAUAAGCUAAAGUUUUUUACGCUCAUCAUGUAUUUACGAGAUAUGUACAAUUUUACGUAUAAUCUUCAACGCACAGCGUCUUGGGGAUACUUGCGCAAUGGUAGCUUCGAUGGGUUAGUAGGUGCUUUACAGAGGAAGGAGUCUGAUAUUGGAGGCACUUCUGUUUUCUUUAGAAAGGAUAGAUGUGAAGUUAUUGACUAUGUUGCUGAAACUUGGGGAAGCAGAAUUUGCUUCAUUUUCCGCCACCCUAAGCAUCCGGGUGGUAGUUUUGCGAUUUACGCACGACCUCUUGUUAACGCGGUCUGGUAUAGCACGGUUGGACUAUUGCUAUUUAUUGGGGCUUUUCUCUAUAGUCUCCUUAAAGUAAACACAUUUUUAAGGCUAGGAGGUUCGGAGGAUACUACACCAUCGCUCACGGCUUUAUUUGUUUUUAGUGCUUUAGGACAGCAAGGAAUGUCAAUACAUAGAGGAUCAACAGCGGUGAAGAUUACGAUUUUUAUAACCUUUAUGUUCACGUUGACAUUGUAUCAGUACUACAAUGCAAUGCUUGUUUCAACUUUAUUGCGUGAACCUCCUAAAACAAUUCGUACUUUAACGGAACUAUUAAACAGCAACCUGAAGAUAGGUGUGGAAGAUGUGGUCUACAAUAGAGAUUAUCUCAAGCGCACAACCGAUCCCGUAGCAAAAGCUCUGUAUCGUGAGAAAGUAGUGACGGCAAGAGAAAACAAUUUUUAUCCACCCAUAAAAGGCAUGGAACUAGUUAAGUCUGGAGGCUUUGCUUUCCACGUCGAUACGAUUAUUGCGUACCCCAUAAUGCGGUGGUCGUUUACGGAAUCCGAGAUUUGUGAGGUCCAAGAAGUUUAUAUGAUACCUCCGCAAAAGAUGGGGGCUAUACUUCAAAAGCGAUCACCUUAUAAGGAACACGUUAGACUUGGAAUAAGGAAAAUGUUGGAAACUGGAGUGAUGAGCAGAUUGAAGGCUAUAUGGGACGAAGCGAAGCCUCCCUGUGUACGUACACCGGGCACACGCUCUUUUUCAGUCAACAUACAAGAGUUCUCUACUGCGCUUAUUCUGCUUGGUAUUGGGAAUAUUCUUGCUCUUACUGUAUUGGUUAUUGAGAAUAUUGUGUUUAUAGUUAGCAAAAAUAAUAAAUAUAUUUAA